UUCCAUUCGCCACUUUCCGCAAGCAGAUAUCAUGUAGGACUUCCUGUCAGGUGACAGGUUUUGACCUAUCAAAACCCCCGUAUGUGAUCAUUGCCGUGCUGUCUGAGCCAAACAAGCAUGAUAGCUCUCUUCUAAUUGGUCAAUACCUGUCAGGAAGUCCCAAGUUGCUGCUUGAGGAAAGCGGCGAAUGGUAAGGAAUCUUGGUCAUCAAGUGCGUCAGCAUUUGUUGAAUGCAUCAAAUAGUCCAGCAGUCGUCGCGACGUUCUCCACUGGUCAAAGAAUCUGCCGAUUUGAGGAAGAUUACCUAACAGGGCAUGGGACGUAUGUCCGAAACAACUACAUCCAUGCUACACUGGCAGGGUAUGUGCAGGUCAACACUGCUGAUGAUGGAAAGACAUGCAUUGAAGUGCGCACGAAGAAGGAGAAGAAUGUGGUCCCUUCGGUUGGAAGUGUGGUAACUGUGAGGAUCAUGAAUGUUAACCCUCGGUUCUGUCGCUGUGCCAUCCUAUGUGUUGCUAACACAACUAUGAAGCAUUCAUUCAGAGGAAUGAUCAGAAAGGAAGAUGUUCGAGCGACUGAAAAGGAUCGAGUUGAAAUGUACAAGUGUUUCAGACCAGGAGAUAUUGUGUUGGCAAGAGUGCUGUCACUAGGAGAUGCCCAGUCUUACACCUUAAGUACAGCAGAGAAUGAGCUUGGGGUCGUCAUAGCAAAAAGUGAAGCCGGUGAUGAAAUGGUUCCAAUCAACUGGUGUGAGAUGCAGUGUCCAAAAACCCUGACAAAAGAGAACCGCAAGGUGGCCAAAGUUGACAUUGAGAGGCAGCCAGGAACGUGAAAAUCGACCUGUUGUCUGUAGUUUCAUUCAUUUUUUGUAAAUAUAUCAUA